GAGCCUGCAUCCUGCUUCACCCAACACUGUUCUGUUAGUUCCCCUCCGAGCAUUCCCAGGGAUGCUGCAGCUCCGGUCCCACACGCUGUUACACACGGCAGCAGCGCAUCCGGGCAGCACCCAGGAAUCCCGCAGGAGAAGAGCAGCUCAGCCCCAGCUCUUAUCCCGCUAACCAGAGCCCCCGCUCAGCAUCAGAAGAUGCCUUCGACCACACAGAGGGGUACGAGCCGCCUGUGCUGCCUCCCCAGCAGCGUUUGACCGGGCCUCCCCGAGCCGCUCUGAUCCGCGGCCAGGCCUGAACACACCGCACAGGAGAUUCCCAGUGAAGAGAUCAUUCGAAGAGCGCAGAGAUGCCUUGGCCGAGCAGGAAGAGAGACAAAGCAGCAGGAGCAGAUAAAAAAGAGCCUGAUGCUAAAAUUGCCAAAACUGAGGAGGAGGCUCCAGAUAAGGAGGAAGAAGAGAAGUCUGCAAAACCUCCAGCUGGGAGUUCCAAGUCAGGGUGGAAGAACUGGAAGAAGACAAAAGAGUCUGACUCUGGUGGGGAGGAAAGCAAGAUCACGUACUGUCACUGGCUGCUGAAAUCAGAACCAGAGAGCAGGCUGGAGAAGGGAGUGGAUGUGAAAUUCAGCAUUGAUGACUUGAAAGCUCAGCCUAACCAGACCACCUUUUGGGAUGGAGUAAGAAACUACCAGGCAAGGAACUUCCUGAGAGCCAUGAAGCUUGGGCAGCAGGCCUUCUUCUACCACAGUAACUGUAAAGAGCCUGGCAUUGUUGGCAUUGUCAAGAUCGUAAAGGAGGCUUACCCUGAUCACACACAGUUUGAUCAGAAGAAUCCUCAUUAUGAUUCCUCCAGCAGAAAAGAGAACCCCAAAUGGUCCAUGGUGGAUGUGCAGUUUGUGCGGAUGACCAAGCGGUUCAUCCCCCUCUCCGAGAUCAAGGCUCACCACCUGGCACACAAAGCAGAUGGAGGCCCCCUCAAGAACAUGAUGCUCUUCACAAGACAGCGGCUUUCCAUCCAGCCACUGACACAAGAGGAGUUUGAUUUUGUCUUGAGCCUGGAAGAGGAGAAGCCGCAUUAAGAAACUCCCAGCAGCAGAGUUUGUACCUGCCACUGAUGCCUCCUCCUAAACCAGCCUAAUUCCCAAGUUCCCUUGCUCAACCCCAGCAACAAAACGUGCCCGCACACGAUCCGCAGCUCCACAUCCCUUCUCCUGACACACUGUUACUUGCUUCUUUUUAAAUAAAGCUUUUGAGACUCAA